AGAAAAUCAAGAGGGAAAAAAGGCUUAAGUACUUAAUUAGGAUAAACAUUAAAUAAACAAUGUUGUUUAAUCGAUCCCAGUUUUACUUAACUUUAGUGUUAUCUUCUUUUUAAUUUAUUUUUUGCAUCUACGUUUUUGUUUAUUCACUUGCUUCUUUGUUCAUUUAUGGGUUUUCUUGGUGCAUUUGUAUAAUGUCCGAGUAAUAAUAAAAAAGACUUUUAAGCUCUAUAGUAUUUCAUGCAUUUUGUAAUCAAAUCUGAACGUUGUUGUUAGUUAUGGUAUACAUUAUAUUCGCUCUCAAAUAGUUUGCCCAUUUGGAUCCACACACCAGACCAGUUGGUGGCGCUAAUGCGCCAUGACGCUGUUUCCAAACCACCAAAAACGAAAGAGAGCAAGAAGUGCUAGCAUGCUAGCAGCGUUAGCUUUGUGUUCUUCGGACGGUGUUGUUUAGUUUGGACGUUUGUUGGGUUUGUGGACAGGAAGGACGACACGUGGUUCAUGUCGGAACUCUCAGCAUUUUCCAAAGUGUCGUAAAUGAGUGAAUACGUGUUGAACGUAAAGACAACGUGGCUGUGAUUGAGAGACUAGCAGAUGAUCGGAGCUGCUGCUGUUAAGAUGACGGCGGUGUUUGUGUGAGUUUGAGCUGAAGAUCUUCUGCAGCUGCAGGAACCAUGUCUUCAGAACCUCAGGGAGAGUCUGACAGCGAACAACUUUAUGAUGCUGCUGAAGGAACCAUCGUCCAGUGCGAGCAGGAGCUCUGUCGUCAGCGCAGAGUGCUGGAUAUCGUCUGGAAACCACAGCUUCAGCUGAACGCUAUAGCCCUCCACCAGCCUCAUGUGAGUGAAAAAGAGGAUCUCAGCAGCCAGGAGAGUAACUCCAGAGUGGAAAAAGAGAAACCAGAACCUCCUCUGAUUAAAGAGGAGCAAGAGGAAAUAGAACUUCUACAGAUUGAAGACCAGGAGAACAAACCAGAACCUCCACAGAUUAAAGAGGAGCAAGAACCAGAACCUCCACAGAUUAAGGAGGAGCAAGAACCAGAAUUUCAAUGGAUUAAGGAGGAGCAAGAACCAGAACCUCCACAGAUUAAAGAGGAGCCACAACCAGAACCUCCACAGAUUAGAGAGGAACAAGAGGGGCUCUUAAUCAGUCAGGAUGAAGAGCAGCCUGAUUUGAAGCCGGAGACUGAUACCUUAAUGAAGAUUACUAUUUAUGAGGAAAAUGAGGACAGUGAAACUGAUGUUAAUAUAACUGAUUUUCAGGAAGAAGGAAGCCUGCAAGAAGAAUCAACAUCAACUACAGACCCACAGACCAGAGAACAGAGGAAGAGAUCAGACAGAAGUCAUGACCAAAAUGUGGACAUUUCUCACAUGUCAGAAAGUCAGUGGGACUCUGAUGUUAGAAAAAAAACCAAGAAGGCAGCUUUGAUAAAGGAAAACAGCCCAUCACUAAAAGAACAAAGAUGCUCCAAUAUAAAGUCUGUUAAAAUAUCAAGAAUUGCAAACAAUGUGUCUGUCCACUUGAGAAAAGAGUCUGUUGAAAGACCUCAUAUCUGUGAAGAAUGUGGUAAAAGUUUUUGUCAUAAAUCUCAUCUCAAAAUUCACAUGAGAACUCACACAGGGGAAAAGCCUUUUUCUUGCACAACAUGUGCUAAAAGUUUUAGUCAAAUAUCUACUCUCAAAUUACACAUGAGAACUCACACAGGAGAGAGGCCUUUUCCUUGUAAUGAAUGUGAUAAGAGUUUUGCUGAUAAAUCUCAUCUCAAAACUCACAUGAGAACUCACACAGGAGAGAAGCCUUUCUAUUGUGAAGAAUGUGAUAAAAGUUUUAGUCGAAGAUCUUAUCUCAAAUUGCACAUAAGAACUCACACAGGAGAUAAGCCUGUUUCUUGUAAAGCGUGUGAUAAAAGUUUUCGUGAUAAGUCUGCUCUUAAAAGGCACAUUCGGAUUCAUACAAGUGAGAAGCCUUUUUCUUGUAAAGAAUGUGAUGCAAGUUUUAGUCAACUAACUCAUCUCAAAUCACACACGAGAGUUCACACAGGAGAUAAGCCAUUCUCUUGUACAGAGUGUGAUAAAAGUUUUAGUGAAAAAUCUAGUCUCAAUACUCACAUAAGAGCUCAUACAGGAGAAAAGCCUUUUUCAUGUAACGUAUGCCAUGCAAGUUUUAGUCGACAAGCUUAUCUCAAAUCACAUAUAAGAACUCACACAGGAGAGAAGCCUUUUUCUUGUAUAAAAUGUAAUAGAUGUUUUAGUGAAAAAUCAAGUCUUAAAAGACAUGUAAAAACUCAUACAAGAGAGAAGCCUUUUAUUCAUCAAAUCCAAAAAAAGGAUUAAGAGAAAUCCCUUAACUUAGAAUGCAGGAUAACUCACAUCAAAAGACUUGUGCAGUGAAGAACUGUUAAAAUAAGACUGGGGAAAAAAAAAAUGUGGAAAAA